AUGAAACCAAACCGAAAUCGAAAAAGGUACAACCGGAUUAAAUCGGGACCAGAAACCCUAAUCACGACCAGCUUCGUAGCCACACGACGCCGCCGCCAAGCCGAUAUAGGUCAAAGUCCAUCGAUCGCCACCGGAAGAGAACCAUGUCAAGGGCGAUGCCUCACCGUACCACCAUCAAUCCAAAAGAAGAUUAUGCCCACUAACCGACUAGACACCGUGUGGGAAGAAGAAGAACACGCCACGGAGACAGACCGAUUUAACAACAACGGGAAGGUGGGUAGUGACCAGUCAUCCUUAGCAACGGCGACAAAGAACUGGCCGGAACGGAGUCCAAACCACCACCAGGAAACUCCCUAA